AUGCUCAUGAAGAAUAUUUUUGCCGCUUUUGUCCUUGCAGGCCUGGCCUCUGCUGUUCCAGUUGACGACUUUGAAGAGAGAGACAUCGAAGAGAGAGACAUCGAAGAGAGAGACAAUUACUGCAAGCCCGAAAACAGCUGGUGCUGUGAGAGUGUAGUCCCUUUGAGGAUAUUCUUUGUUGAGGGAAGUGGAAAAAACUGCAAGCCCAAGGGCCGCUACGAUUGCCCCUAUGGCCGAUAUCCUCUUUGCUGUGAACACAAGCAGAUUGUGGGCAAGGAUGGUGUGGUUUGCGUUGUCUAA